GAAGAGGGUGGAUGUAUGAUUGUCAUGUGUAAGUAAGAUGCAAUAUACUCUCAGCGUUACCAUGAUGACUGCAGUGAUAUUUGUGAUGCUGUUACUGCUGGUCACUUCCCUCCAGGAAGUCACACGUCUCCAGCCCUCCUACGUGAGUCAUGACGCAGUAAAACUGUUGAGUGGUGGUGUGGAUGCUGUGUUGGCAACAGUGUCUCAGCCUCGUUGUUCCAUUAUGUUCCUCACGGACGGCGCCUCAACCCUCAGUACUGUGGCUGAGAGCAAUAUCAUAAACCUUCAUCAAAACCUUUUACCGAGUUCCUCGAGUGUGUCAGUGUGGGAGGUGGCAGCGGACGGCCAGGGUGCUAACAUGACGCUGACGCGGCUCCCCCAUGUUGUCGACCAGGCUCGGCGGGUAGGUCACUCUCACGUUACUACUGACUCAACUAAAGCACUCUCACAUUUUUGA